GAUGCCACAACAACCGCAGUCCAAUGUUAAUCAACGCUAUCAAUGAAUAUUUACGUUUAUUAUAAGACGGGAUGCAUCGAGAAGCGUCGAGACGUCCUAAAUAUAUCCGAUGCGUGUUAGUAUGACGCUCUCGUAUCUAUAUAAACGAAUCGCAUGAAUCCAGAAACAGUAGUGUACUGAAACAACUAGCGAUCAGAAACAUGUCUCUUCUACCAUAUUUUUUCAACUAUGAUAUACCACAUUGGCCGAAGCGCCUUAUUGACCAGAAUUUCGGGCUGGCUUUAACUCCAGAAGAUGUAACUGAUGCUCCAACAGCUACAAGUCCUUUAAUAUCAAGAUUAAGACCGUGGUGGCCGGAUACAGCAUCAUCCAUAAAAGCGGAUAAGGAUAAAUGGCAAAUCAACGUAGACGUACAACACUUCGCACCUGAUGAAAUCACUGUUAAAAUAGCUGGAGGAAAUAUCGUGAUUGAAGGCAAACAUGAAGAAAAGAAAGAUGAACACGGUUUCGUCUCGAGGCACUUCGUUAGACGGUACAAGUUGCCUAAUGAUAUCAAUGGUGAUGCUGUACAAUCCAGACUUUCUUCAGACGGAGUGCUAACAGUGGUUGCUCCAAAAAAUAUUGAAAUUGCAAAAGGUGAAAGAAUUGUGCCUAUCACACCAAGUGGACCCAUACGCCAAGGAACAUCAGACCCGAAACCAAUUCCAGAAAGCUAAUUUCAAGUAGGUAACAUGGUACUCUUUGCGAGAUGUGAUAUUUGUUGUAUUAUUGAAGCACUCUUUGUUAUAUUUUGCUGCAUUUUAAUUAUAUAGUGACUUAAAUGAGUUCAGAAAGUUUCAUUUAAAACUAUU